AUGCAACAACAGUGUGGUUGGAGGGGAGAGUAUGAAAAUGGACAAAAGGUUGCUGUGAAGUUGCUUUACAAUCGGGAACCAGACUCUGUUAGUAAGCAAUUCCAGAAUGAAUUUGACAACCUAAUGAAGCUCGAGCAUACAAACAUUGUACGGUUGAUGGGUUUUUGCUAUGAAACCAAACAUGUAGCUAUACCAUACAAUGGAAAUCUAGUUCUCGCUGAAGAGGCAACAAGAGCACUCAUCUUGGAGUAUUUGCAGAAUGGGAGUCUUCAAAGGCAUCUUUCAACAAGAGAAGGCGGACCUAGCGGAGGUGGUUCUGUAUGCAAGCGUGUCCUUGGAGCGGCGGUGGCCUGGCAGUCCGAAGACCUCGGCGACGGCUGCAACCCUAGGGGCAGCGAUGGCCUGAGCGCUGGUGAAGAUCUUGGCGAGGAGGAGGCAGAUCCCAUCGGCAGCAGCGGCCCUAAGGGUGGUGGAGGCCAGGAGUCUGGCGGAAGAGGCUAUCCUAGGCGGCAGCCACAAAGGACUCCAGCAGAGGUGAAGGCCAUGAUCCCAAUGACUGCCGCUGCCCUAUGGGCGAUGGAGGCCUUGGAAUCUGGCGAAGCAGAAUGGAUCAUGUCAGCUGGCGUUCGAUCGGCUAGUUCUUAUUGGACAACAGAUGAUGAAGGUGGGCUAACCGGCGACACAUGGUGUUCGCCUCGCUUGAAGCGGAUGAAGAUGGCACCAGCGGAUGUUCGUAGCCAUGGCGCACUUGGGGUGGUGGAGCCUCGAAUGAUCAUGCCAACUAGAGAAGAACAAAUAUCAGCGCAACUGAUUGCCGCACACAAUUUUCUGUUACCAGCAGAAACGGAAGCAAGGCCGCUACGUUACAGCUACUCAACAACUAAGGGAUCAACAGGUCUCAUGCUCACAGAGUUAAAAGGAAUUACGGACGAUUUCUCCGAGAAUCGGAAACUUGGUGCAGGCUCAUUUGGAAAAGUGUACCUGGGAGAGAAGGAAAAUGGAGAAAAGGUUGCAGUGAAGAUACUUGAUUUUGACGGGCUAGGACCUGAUGCUGAGGAUUUCAAGGUUGAGUUUGACAGACUUAUGAAGGUUGAGCAUCCAAACAUUGUGUGUUUGAUUGACUAUUGCUACGAAACACAAUAUGAAGCUGUACCAUACAAUGGUAGAUUAGUUAUGACUGAAAAGACAACAAGAGCACUCUGUCUGGAGUAUUUGCACAAUGGGAGCCUCGAAAGCCAUCUGUCUAGUAUGAUGUUCCUUCACAAAUAG